AUGAUGGCAUGGAAAUGGAGCAACCCGAAGAACAAGAGUCGGGUGACGAAGAAGAAAGGGCGAGGGUUCGGUGCGGAAACACACGCAGAUGUUACCGAAUACGAGGCACUUGACGGGGAAGGCAAUGCUUCAGCCGCUCAGAGGUUAUUAUUAAAUGGAUUCGUUCAUUUCGGUUAUUUUGCUGAUGAUUUCGAUAGAAUUUCACGUGUCCUUGCAUUGGUUUAA